AUGUCUCUUGCUAAUGAAAAUUCAAUACAAUGUGAGGAUGAUGAUGAUUUUUUCACCUGUCAGGUUAUUCACGAAGAAUGGUUAAAUGAUUUUUUAGUAGAACCUGAUUUUUUUUUGGAUGAUUUAGAACCAGAUUUCAUACCAUUUCAACAUAAAUACUCUUUACAUACAGCAACACCCACAUUACCAAAGAGUCUUCAUGAUAUUGAACCUUCACCAUAUUCAAUUUUUCGAAUUUCUCAAGAACAUAAAAAGUUUAGAAUUCAAAUAGUUAAAGAAUUGAUUAAGGAAGCAACUCAAAACCCAUUAAAAAGAAAUACUCGUAAUGGAGAAAAUGGAGAGACAUCUGAAAAGAAAAAUGACAAUAAAAGAUUUCGUGUUUCUGACAUUUUUGAAUUACCAGCAACUAGAUUAAUUG